AUGGCGAUAAGUCUACUCAAAGCAAUGAAACUGCCCAAACAAUACUGGGCUAAAGUUGUAUCAUGUGCAGUGUAUCUACUGAAUCCCUGCCCAACCAAAAGUUUGCAAGCUGUCACUCCACAAGAAGCAUGGAGUGGUCUGAUGGCACACUUUCUUGGCUUAGAAGUGGUGCAAAAAGAAGAAGGGAUUUUUGUAUCCCAAAGCAGUUAUGCCAAAGACAUUCUUGAAAGGUUCAAGAUGGAAAACUGCAAUCCGGUAUCAACUCCAGUUGAGAAUGGAGUAGAAUUGAGGAAGAGUAAAGUUGGAACUGUUGAUCCAACUUACUUCAAAAGCUUAGUAGGAAGUUUAAGGUACUUGACAUGUACCAGACCGGAUAUACUCUACAGAGUUGGUCUUAUCAGCAAAUACAUAGAGACACCAGACCAGUCUCAUUUGAAUGCAGCCAAGAGAAUUCUUCGCUACAUCAAAGGCACAAUAAAUGAAGAUAUGUUUUAUACCUCAAGUACAAAUUUCAAUCUCACUGGCUACUCGGAUAGUGAUUGGGGUAGAGAUCUGGAUGAAAGGAAAAACACAAUAGAGUUUGUCUUUUUCAUGGGAAAUACAUCUUUCACAUGGUCAUCUAAGAAGCAAUCGAUAGUAACGUUAUCAAGCUAUGAAGCUGAGUAUGUUGCUGCCAACUCAGCUGUAUGCCAUUUAAUAUGGUUAAGGAAUAUGUUGAAGUUUUUGGGAUUUCCUCAAUAA